AUGACAACAACUUUAUCAAAUUCUCAAUUGCCAAAAUUAUCAUCUUCAACACCAUCAACAUCAUCAAUUAAACAAAGAAAAUUACAAAAUUCAAAUAAUAGUCCCAAUACUGAUAAUGCACCACCAUCAUCAUCAUCAUCAUCAUCACCACCACCACCAUCUUCAACAACAUUAGCAACACCACCAGCAAUUAAUAAUUUAGUAUCUCCUUCAAAUAACCCACUUUUGGAACAUCCAAAUCCAACACAAACAUUUCCACAUUUUAAUGAUCUAAAAGCUGGUCAUGCUUUAAGUAAAGCAUAUCAAGAUCAUCAUGUUGAUAAUGGUAGUAAUCUCAAUAGUUUAAAUUCUCAUUUACUUCAACUACCUGGUAUUAAAUCAAAUCUUAAUAUUUUUAAUAAUAAUAAUAAUACCAAUAAUAAUAAUAAUAAUGAAGAUAAAUUAAGUAAUAAUAACAAUGGCAACAAUAGCUUAGUAAAUAGUAGUGGUAGUGGUAUUAUUAGUAGCAGUAGUAAUAAUAACACACCAACAAAGAGAAGUAGUAGUAACACUUUUCAAAGAGUAGUUGACCCAGAUGAAGAACCAUUGAAUGUUUAUUCAAUUAGUGGUUUCCUUUCAAAGUCUUUGAUAUUUUUAAUUUCUUUACUUCCAUCUCGUUUAGUUGAGAAAUUAUUAUUAUUAUUUGCUUGGUUACAAUAUGAACUUUUAAAAGCAAAAGGUAGAAAUCUUGGUGGUACUCAACAAAGUUUUUCAAAAUUAAAGAAAAAAAGAAAAUCACAAAAGAAAAAGAAGAAUAAAUUAUUAACAGCAAGUUUAACACCAUCGUCAUCGAGUUCAACUGCUGCAAUUCUAUCAUCUAUUCAAACAACUGGUGGACCAAUUCCAGUUGCUCAUUCAAAAUCUUCACCAUUGGUUGCGACAAAACACCAAAGAAGAUCAUCAUUAUCGACAUCGACACCGGGAUUAAAUUCAAUUUUAAAAGCCCAUACUAAACCACCCAUCUUAGGUGGUAGUAAUAGUAAUAGUAGUAAUAAUAUCGUUGGUUUAGGUUCUUCAUCCAUAUCACCAUUGAAUGGUCAUCAUGGUACUGGUAUUCAACAUUUAAAUGCUAUUAAAGAUAAAUUAGCUCAUCAACAACAAAAGCAUUUACAACAUAGAAUUCACUUACAUCAACAAGCUCAACAACAAGCACAACAACAACAAGCACACCAACCACAACAAGAAUUAAAAUUAUUCCCAACAACUAGUAUUCCUGAUCAAAUUCCAGUUACCGCCACUGGACAACCAUCAACACCAACUAUUAAAUUAACAAGUGUUGAUUCAACACCAGAGUUUGAAUCACCAAUUUCAACUACAAUCAAUGAGAAUGAUGAAGAAAAAUCAACAGAACAACAAGAUCAUCACCAAGAAGAAGAAGAAGAACAACAACAACAACAACAACAACAACCAUUGGCUGAUAUUGAUUUCACUAAAAUUAACUUUAAACAUAGACCAUCAAUUACUGAAUUAGAAUCUUCAGAUAGUGAUACUAGUAAUAAGAGUGGUAUUACAAAUUUAAAAGUUACUUUCUCUGAUAAUCUUAAUAACCACCUCAACAAUAACAACAAUAACAAUAACAACAACAAUGGUAAAAUGUUAGAUUGGAAUACUUAUUUAAAUCCAAACGAUUAUCGUUUAGGUAAUCAUCAAAUGAGUCAAGAGAAUUUAAUGUUACAACAACAUAGUCAACAUUUACAAAAACAACAAAAACAAUUACAACAUCAUCAUAAUAUGAAUCAAUCUGAUGAGGAGAAUUCAAAUGAAGAUAUUCCAACAAUGGGUAGACAUCGUUCAGAUUCAAUUUCAGUAUUACCAUCGUUAGUAACAAAACCAAUUUCUGAAAUUCGUAGAGUAAACUCUGAACAAACUUUAUUCCAAUCGUCAGAGGAUACACUUAGAUUUGAAGCCAAUCAACAAAGUAAGAAAGAAUUUGAAGACUUUUUACGUUCAGUUAAGGAUAUUAAAGAUGUUCAUAAUUGGUUAAGAAAUUUCAGUGGUUCCGCCUCUAAAAAGAUUGCCAUCGUUAAAAUCUCUCGUAGAAUUUUAGAUACUCCAUAUGGUAUUGAAAGUGCUGCCGCCUCUUUAUGUUUUAUGUACAAGUUUGGUCUAUACCCAAUUGUAAUUCAUGGUGGUAUGAAUGAUAUCUCAAAGUUACCAAUUAGUCAAGUGGUUAAAGAACGUAGAAUGAGAUCUGCCCUCUUGAAAGAAGCAAUCAAAAAGAAUGGUGUAGGUUGUAGUGUUUUGACACCUGAUAUUUGUGAAAUUGAACCAUUCAUUCAACCAGAGGGCAAUGGAAGUGGUGGAGAUACUUCAUCCGAUCUCUCUGGUGAUGAGAUUGAGUAUGGUCAAAAUGAUAUUCUCCCAAGUGGUGGGUUAAGUAUGAAAAUCGAUUCUUUCGAUUACGAUAUCCUAACUCAAGUUUUAGAUAAAGGUAAAAUUCCAGUGUGGGAUUCAGUUUGUGAAUCGGUCGAUGGUGUUGAUAUCCCUAUCAACUCGGAUAUCACCACUUUUGAAUUGGCAAAACGUAUUCAACCUUACAAGAUUCUAUUCGCUUGCAAUGAUGGUGGUAUUCUAGAUAGUGAUCAUAAGGCCAUACCAGUGGUAUAUAUGGAUCAAGAUUAUCAAACCUUGAUAGAGGCCGACCAUACAACCAAUCGUCGUAGGGUUCAAUUGAAACAAAUGAAAAGAAUCGUUGAUAAUUUACCAUCAUCCACAACGGUUGUCGUCACUUCCAUUGAAAAUGUCACACAUCAAUUGUUGUUCCCUCGUUUAGCCAAUGGUACUAUCAUUAAAAAGUCUGAAGAGAACAAAGUAUUAAUAUUUGAUAAUACAAAUUAUCAAAACAUCGAUAUGGAUAGACUCAAAGAAUUGAUUGAAAAUAGUUUUGGAAAAAUGUUAUCCACCGAUUAUUUCGAUUACUUGAAAGAUUCCCUCUAUAGAUUAUAUCUUUGUGUUUCAUCCGAUGGUGAAUACAAUGGUUGUGCAAUCGUAACUUUUAAAGAACCAGAUUAUAUUCCUUAUCUUUGUAAGUUUUGUGUGAAAAAGAGUGCUCAAGGUUUGGGUUUAGGUGAUCUCGUUUGGAGAGCUCUUCAAAGAGAUAAUGAAAAACUCUAUUGGAGAUCAAGAAAUAGUAAUCCAUUAAAUCCUUGGUAUUUCCAAAGAUGUCAAGGUAGCUUUAGAGCUGAUGAAUCUUUCACUAUCUUUUGGUAUGGUGAUGAUAAAUUUGAAGAUGGUAGUUUCUUGGUUGAAACUGCUUUAAGUAAACCAGUUACAAUUAUUCCAAAUCCAACAGUUUCAUAA